AUGGAAUGUGUUUUUUUGGCAGAAGUGGCCCAGCGGUGUCUAUCGAUAGCCAAAGAAGCACGGAGCCGAUUUCAACGACCUUUUUCUGCAGCAUCGCCACUGCGACAAAACGAACCACCAAGCAAUGGAUCUGGGACUGGCGAGAAGAGAGAGGAAGGGGCUUUGUCCCGCCGACUCUCUGAGAUGACAGAAGAGGCGUUCUUAGAAGGCGGACGAUCUGCACGAAAAAAUAUCGAAGAGGCUGGCUUCUCGGACGAUUUAAAGAAGCAGUUGGAAGAGAAAAUCAAGAUGAGCACGUUCAAGAGCGAGAAUGCGGGCGCUUUUUCAGUAGUAAACAUGCCAGCCAGUGCAGGAAAAGGCACGCAGGAUAUCGCAGCGGCAACACCAUGGCACAACACCGAAAGCAUCCAUGACACCGCACUGAGAAUGCUCGACGACAGCAAAAAACCCAUCAAGCUCCCGUACCAAAUCCCCAAGCCCGCCAUGCCUGUCAACGUCGACAUGCGGCCGGCCCCGAAAACUCGCCAAUCGACUGGUUCUCGACUUGCCAGCGCGCGGGAUCGCACGCAUACAUACGCUCUUAGUCAGAGCCCUGGUCUGUCGGACGAGGAGCGGGAGUCGGUCAGAAAGGAGCUCCGAUCACGGUUCGAGCCCGGCGCACGCUCGCUCCCGAUGUCGAUACAGGGACUGACCUCGUUAGCGAACGAGAGAAUCGAAGACGCGAUUGCGCGCGGCCAGUUCAAAAACCUGCCGCGCGGGAAAGGGAAGAAUACAGAGACAGACCCGAAUGCGAGCAGUGCGUUUAUUGAUACGACGGAGUAUUUUAUGAAUAAGAUCAUCCAGAAGCAGGAAAUUGUUCCGCCGUGGAUAGAAAAACAACAGGAAUUGGCACGCGAGGUUGAUCGCUUCCGACAGCGCCUGCGAACGGAAUGGCGACGACAUGCUGCGCGAUUGAUUGCAAGUCAGGGAGGGACUCUGGAACAGCAGCAGAUACGGGCUCGAGGAUAUGCCGCAGCGGAAGCUCGUUUGACGGAAAAGAGCUUACUCGAUACUGCAUUUACGUCGUCAGAUGUGGAUAAACCGAUGGAGCCUUCAUUCUCACAGAUCAGCCAUGAUGGCCGGUUAUCAAAUCCGGUCCAGAGCCCUGCGAAUGUCGUUUCAUCAGAACAGAAAGAGCCAUUACCACAUGUGGCUCCUCUCCGGGAUCCAGACUUCAUGGCUCUUGAGCGUGGCUUGCAUCAACUACAGAUAAAAGCCCUCAACGAUCUGACACGGUCGUAUAAUCUUCAAGCGCCGCGUCUUGCACAGAAGCCUUAUUUGAACCUGGAGCGCGAACUCAACGCCUGCUACGCAGACGUGGCGCCUUCGCUUGCAGGCGAGAUUGUCUCUCGCACAGGACACAAGGUGCAAUCUCCCAUGGCGAAGGCUCAUCGCAGGAGCUCUGGUGGGAUCCUAGAUGAUCUUUUACAGAAUAACCAGCGUGUACAGAUAUAUGAAGAAAAUCGCUACAAGCACUACGGGCUGAAAGAGUUGUGGCGGGAUUUGUGGAAGCGCUGA